AUGGCGAAAUUUAAACAGUCAAGAAAGUUGUCUGAGAUAAGGAUUGUACUGGUGGGGAAAAGCGGAUCAGGGAAGAGUGCAACGGGAAACACCAUCCUGGGAGAAGAACUGUUUAAAACUAGUCCCUCAUUUGCAUCUGAAACCAGAACCUGUGAGAAACACUGUAGAGAAGUGGAUGAGAUGAAAGUCUCAGUUACUGACACCCCAGGGCUGUUUGAUACUUCGCUGAUGGAAGAAGAGCUGAAAAGUGAAAUAGAGAGAUGUAUUAACAUGUCAGUUCCUGGACCUCAUGUGUUUCUCCUGGUGAUCAGACUGGGGGUGAGAUUCACAGAGGAAGAGAAAAAUGCUGUGAAGUGGAUACAGAAGAACUUUGGUGAGGAAGCCUCACGCUACACAAUCAUACUACUAACACACACUGACACACUGCGGGACAAAACGGUUGAGGACUGCAUUGCAAGUAGUCCUGAAUUUCAGAUGAUCAUGAACAGCUGUGGGAAGAGAUAUCAUUCAUUCAAUAAUGAGAAUGUGAAGGACAGAGGUCAGGUUUCAGAGCUGAUAAGGAAAAUCCAUUCCAUGGUGAAGAAGAAUGGUGGAAAGUGUUACACUAAUGACAUGUACAAGGAGGUUCAGAGACGGAUUGAAGAAGAGAGAAAGAGAAGAGAGGAAGAGGAGAGGAAGAGGAGAGAGGAAGAAGAGAGGAAGAGAAGAGAAGAGGAAGAGAGAAGGAUAAGGGAGGAGGUUGAAAGAAGGAUAAGAGAGGAAGAAGAGAGAAAGAGAAAAGAAGAAGAAGAGAGAAGGAUAAGAGAGGAGGUUGAGAGAAAAAGAGCAGAGGAAGAAGAGAGAAAGAGAAAAGAGGAGGAAGAAAGGAGGAGAAGAAAGGAAGAAGAGAGAGGGGAAAAAAUGGAGACUGUUGGAUUGAGUGUUGCAUCAGCAGCAGGUGGUGUAGCAGCAGCAGCAGGAGUUGGUCUGAUGUUAACACCUAGUAUAGUGAUUGUGGGACCUGUAGUUCUUAGUGUGGGUUUUAACCUUGAGAAAUUACGCAACCUCAACUACAACUCCAAAGGGACAACUUCCUCCAGCCAUGGUCUCAUCCUGUCCACCCUUCACUCCAUGACCUUCUCCUCAAGAAAAUACGCUGCCUAG